AUGGGGAAGGCGAACCCACUGUUACGCACCUUACCUCACUUCCUAACAUGGCCAACCCUUCGCUUCCGAACCAUUUGCUCCGGUCGACUCGGCUUCGCCGGAACCAAGUCCGUCGAGACUUUCAAAGAGGAAUUCGAGAUAGGUUCCCGCAUCAUCACCUUAGAGACCGGCAAGAUCGCUCGCUUCGCAAACGGCGCUGUCGUUUUGGGUAUGGAAGAAACAAAGGUUCUCUCCACCGUUACCUCCGCCAAAGGCGAUUCCCUUCGUGAUUUCUUACCCCUCACCGUUGAUUAUCAAGAAAAGCAAUUUGCACAGGGUGUGAUUCCAACAACUUACAUGCGGAGGGAAGGUGCACCCAAGGAACGCGAACUGUUGUGUGGUAGGAUCAUUGACCGUCCGAUUCGGCCGUUAUUUCCUCCUGGAUUUUAUCAUGAGGUUCAGGUAAUGGCAAGUGUUCUUUCAUCCGAUGGAAAACAAGAUCCGGAUGUAUUAGCGGCGAAUGCAACAUCGGCUGCGCUUAUGUUGUCGGAUAUUCCUUGGGGUGGUCCCAUAGGAAUGAUUCGUAUUGGUCGGAUAUUUGGGCAGUUUAUCGUUAAUCCUACCAUGGAUGAGCUCAGCUUAAGUGAUCUUAACUUGGUAUAUGCCUGUACGAAGGACAAAACCUUGAUGAUUGAUGUACAAUCUCGUGAGAUAUCCGAGAAAGACCUAGAAGCUGGGUUAAGGCUGGCUCAUCCAGAGGCAGUUAAGUAUAUUGAACCUCAAAUCAGAUUUGCUGCUAAAGUUGGUAAAUCUAAGAAGGAAUACAAAUUGUCUAUGAUGUCUGACAAAACGCUGGAGAAAGUUCGUAAAUUGGCAGAAGCACCUAUCGAAGCUGUUUUUACUGAUCCUACCUAUGGAAAGUUUGAACGUGGAGAAGCGUUAGACAAUAUUACACAUGAUGUAAAGAGAGUGCUUGAAGAAGAAGGUGAUGAAGAAAGCUUAAAAGUUUUGCCAAAGGCAGUAGAUACAGUGAGGAAGAAGAUAGUCCGUAAAAGAAUUGUUGCAGAAGGAUUCAGACUUGAUGGAAGACAGCUAGAUGAAGUUAGGCCUUUGUAUUGUGAAGCUGGAUAUUUGUCCAUAUUGCAUGGAUCUGCACUUUUUUCCCGUGGAGAAACACAGGUCCUAUGUACAGUAACACUUGGAGCACCUACAGAUGCUCAACGAUUGGAUUCUUUAGUUGGUCCUCCGACAAAGAGAUUUAUGCUUCACUAUAGUUUUCCUCCCUUCUGCAUAAAUGAAGUUGGUAAACGUGCUGGUCUGAACAGGCGUGAAGUUGGUCAUGGAACUCUUGCUGAGAAAGCACUUCUUGCUGUUUUGCCUCCUGAAAAUGAUUUUCCAUAUACUGUUCGUGUCAACUCAGAAGUCAUGGCUUCAGAUGGUUCAACAUCAAUGGCAACCGUAUGUGGAGGUAGUAUGGCUUUGAUGGAUGCUGGUAUUCCAGUACGUGAACAUGUUGCUGGUGUUUCCGUUGGUCUUGUUACUGAACUUGAUCCGAGCACUGGCGAAAUUGGGGAUUAUCGUAUAUUGACUGAUAUUUUGGGCUUGGAAGACCAUUUGGGUGACAUAGACUUCAAGAUUGCUGGAACUCGAAAAGGAGUGACUGCCAUUCAAUUGGAUAUGAAACCAUCUGGAAUUCCUCUAGAUAUCAUAUGUGAAUGUUUAGAACCUGCACAUAAAGCCCGUCUUCAAAUUCUUGAUCACAUGGAACAGGAAAUUAAUGCACCUCGUAACAAGAACGACAGUACUUCUCCACGACUAGCGACCUUGAAGUACAGCAAUGAUGCUCUUCGUCGCCUAAUUGGGCCAAUGGGUGCUCUAAAGAAAAAAAUGGAAGAGGAAACAGGUGCACGGAUGUCUGUUGGUGAUGGAACACUUACAAUAGUUGCUAAGAAUCAAUCUGUAAUGGACAAAGUACUAGAAAAGGUUGAUUUUAUAGUUGGCCGCGAAAUUGAAGUUGGGGGGAUGUACAAAGGUUUUGUCUCCUCUAUAAAAGAAUAUGGAGCUUUUGUGGAGUUUAAUGGUGGCCAGCAGGGGCUUCUCCACAUUUCUGAGUUGUCACAUGAACCGGUUUCCCGAGUUUCAGAUGUAGUUUCUGUUGGCCAGCAGCUUUCUGUGAUGUGCAUAGGCCAAGAUGUUCAUGGUAACAUUAAAUUAUCCCUUAAAGCGGCUUUGCCUCGUUCUGGAGGAUUGGAGACUAAUGAUGUAGUUGAAGGAUCUGUUACAUCUGCAAAAGAAACAGCCAACAUUUGGGCACCAGUUUGGAAUGUGUCUACUACACAAGAACAACAAAAUUCUGCUUCUGAGUUGCCUGUAGGCAAACAUGAGGUGGAUGAAGCAAAAAAACCCACCUCCCAAAUACCAGUAAUUUUAAUACGUAGUGCUGCAGAGUGUGAUGAGGAGGAGAAAUCUACCAGCUUGAAUCUGUCUUCAGAGGGUUCUCCAAUAGUUAAUGUGGUACAACCGGAUCGCAAGUCGAAAUCUCGUGGAUCUCAAAAUGUGAUUGAUUCAUCACCCAAGUCAAAAUCUCGCCGAACUCAAGAUGUGACUGAUUCUCGAUGUUCUCAUUCAGGACCCUUCCCAUAUACAAAUGCUAAGAAGUCAAAAGUUACAAUGCAAAAAGAAUCAAAUUCUGAUUUUCAAAGGCCAUCGGGGGAUGAGGAGGAAGCUAAAGAUAAGGCAUCAGUGACUGCAAAAGAUCUGAAACUUGGAACAGAAGUUACUGCCAAAGUUUAUCAAAUUCGUGCACAUGGGUUAGUAUUGGAUUUGGGUGGAGGAGUUCGAGGAAUGUACCGGUUUGAGGAAGAUAGCAAAAGGGACUUUAAGAUAGGUGAUAAGAUGCAAGUUGUGUGCUCAAGCUUUUCUAGCAAGGGAAUUCCAGUAUUGACUACAGUGGAUGAUGAAUAACUUCCUAGUGGUCAUUCCUUUCUUGAGAGAGCCCAUGGAUGUAUACUAUCAAGAUGAUAUGAUAGCUUGGAAGAAAUUCUUCCAGCGGACACCAAUGAUUUUAUUGAAACAUUGGUUUUUGAUAGAGCCUAACAACAUCAAUCGAUCCAUAUAACUGAUCUCAGUGGGAUAAUGCAUAAUUCCAAUGGACUUUUGGAACUUUUUCACUGCCCUGCCCUCAAAUUAACUCUAUGAAGCUUGAGAAAGCUGUUGGAAAAUGGGUCUUAAGAGAUUCUUGAUGCAAGUUUGUCAUCAUGACUGCCAUUUCAUAAUAAGACAUUCAGUGUAAUUCACUGAUAUUUAGAGCUUGUUUGUUUUUGUGGUGGCGGUAAUUAAAAUCACGGUUUAAGAGUCACAAUUGAUUCUAUUGACUGUAAAACAUGUUUGGCUGCAACAAGGGAGUUCUUAGGAAAAUCUAUUUGGGUUGUAGAAUUGAUUUUAAGA